AUGAUUUUUAUAUUAAAUUUGAUUUCAAUAUUAAUCUAAGCAUAAAAAAUAGCUAUAAUAGGAUGUGGUAUUGGAGGAGCAACAUUGGCUUAAUUGUUACCAAGUGCAACUGUUUAUGAAUCAUAUUAUUAAUGUGGAGGAAGAAUAAAUCAUGUAUUAAUACCUGGAUUAAAUGCAGUUGAAUUUGGAGCUACAUUCUUUAUUAAAUAGAAUGAAUAUGUAUAAAAAUAAAUUGAAAAAAGAAAUUUAGAAAUUUACAAGAGAGAUCUAGGGAAAUUAGCAGUCAUUAAAAACAAAUAAAUAGUCUUAUAAAAGACAGAUUUAGAUGUAAUUAAUAUUGUAAAGAUGGUUUAUAAAUAUGGACUCUCACCAAAAAGAAUGAAAGAUAUUACUGAUGAAGUUUUAAUUAAUUUUAAGUCAAUCUAUACUUUUUUAGAAAGUGGUUAAUAUUAUCAUAAUUUCAAUGAAUUUUUAUAGAUCAUUAAAUUAAAUGAUAUUAAAAUGAAUUUUACAGAAUUUUUAAAUGAGAAUGAGAUUGAUUAAUAAUUUUAAGAAGAAUUUGUAGAUGCAAUUUUAUUAGCAAUAUAUAACUAAAAGGAUGUAAAUACAAUUGCAGGAUUAAUCUCUAUGGUUGCUGCUUUCAAUGAUGCAUAUUCAAUUAAAGGAGGAAAUAGAUAAUUAAUAGAUGAAGAAAAAAUUAAUGUAAUUCAUUCUAAAGUUGACAUUAUACAUCGAUUAAAAAAUGGAAAAUAUAAAAUAUUUAAUGAUUAAUAUGAUUAUGUUGUUGUAGCAUCUUUAGUUAAUUUAGACAUAUCUUUUGAUAAUAUUAGAGAAAUGAAUUAAUUUUAAUAUGUAAAAUACUAAAGCACAUAUGUAUAUAUUGUUGCAGGUAAGAUUUCUCAAAAAUAUAUUGGUGUGAAUCCUGAAGAUUUAAAUACAAUAGUAAUUCUUGAUGAUGGUGAAGUUACUGAAUUGAAAUAAGAAUGUUUAAAAUGUUUUUCAGGAUGGAACAUUUAUAAAGUUCAAGGAAGAUCAGAAUUAAAAUUAGACUAAAUAUUUGAAACACAUUAAAUUAUUCAUAAAAAAGUAUGGGAUGCAGCUUACCCAUAAUUAAGUUAAAAUCUAUUAAAUACAGAAUUUGAAUAUGAAAAGGUAUAUAUAUUUAAUUUAAUAUAAGAAUUUCUUUUACUUGAAUUCAAUUGAAAGUUUAGCCUCAUGUAUGGAAUUUAUGAUGAUAUAAGCCAAAAAUAUAGCCAAUAUUAUUAAAGAAAGGCAUAAUUAAAUGAUUCAUGAAGAUUUAUGA